AUGAGUAAUCUCAAGCUAGGAGUGGAGGUUGUGGGUGCCCAUGACCUUAUGCCCAAAGAUGGGCAGGGGACAUCCAAUGCUUUUGUCGAGCUCCAUUUUGACCAUCAGAAAUUUCGCACUACUAUUAAAGACAAAGAUCUCAGUCCUGUUUGGAAUGAAAGCUUCUAUUUCAACAUCUCUGAUCCAAACAGCCUUUCUAACCUCAGCCUUGAGGCUUGUGUCUACCACCAUAACAGAGAGAACAACUCUAAAUCCUUCCUUGGAAAAGUUCGUCUCACUGGGACAUCAUUUGUACCCAACUCAGAUGCUAUUGUUUUGCACUACCCUCUUGAAAAACGAGGCAUUUUAUCUCGUGUCAAAGGGGAGCUUGGUUUGAAAGUAUUUGUUACAGAUGACCCUUCGACAAGAUCCUCAAAUCCGCUUCCUGCUAUGGAAUCUUCUCUGUUUUCAGAUUCUCAUGCUUCUCAAACUCAAGCUCCAGAACAAAAGAUUUCAAAGAAGGCCCAAAAACUGUUCUCGGAUGAUAAAUCCGAGUCAAGACAUACAUUUCAUCACCUUCCAAACUCUAAUCAGUCGCAGCAGCAACAGCAUGUUCCACCAGCAGCAACUCAGCCAUCAAUGGAUUAUGGGAUUCGUGAGAUGAAAUCUGAUCCUCAGGCUCCAAGAGUUGUUCGCAUGCUCUCAGGUUCAUCAGCACAACCUGUUGAUUAUGCACUAAAAGAAACGAGUCCUUUUCUUGGAGGGGGGCAAAUAGUCGGAGGGCGAGUUAUACGUGGAGAUAGGCAUGCUGGCACUUAUGAUCUUGUUGAACAGAUGAAGUACCUUUUUGUGCGAGUUGUGAAGGCUCGUGACCUUCCUGCCAAGGAUGUGACAGGGAGCCUUGAUCCAUAUGUUGAAGUAAAAGUGGGGAAUUAUAAAGGAAUCACAAAACACUUUGAGAAAAAGCAAAACCCUGAGUGGAAUGAGGUGUUCGCCUUUGCAAGGGAUAGAAUGCAGUCAUCUGUUUUGGAAGUUGUGGUCAAGGAUAAGGAUCUGGUUAAGGAUGACUUUGUUGGGUUUGUAAUGUUUGACUUGAAUGAGGUUCCUACAAGGGUUCCACCUGAUAGUCCAUUGGCUCCAGAAUGGUAUCGGCUUGAAGACAAGAAAGGAGAGAAAACAAAAGGGGAACUGAUGGUUGCUGUCUGGUAUGGUACGCAAGCUGAUGAGGCAUUCCCUGAUGCUUGGCACUCAGAUGCAAUUUCUCCUGAUAGUUCUUCCUAUAUCUCCACACUUAUCCGCUCUAAAGUAUAUCAUUCUCCAAGACUCUGGUAUGUCCGUGUUAAUGUGAUUGAGGCGCAAGACCUAGUGGCAUCUGACAAAAGUCGCUUUUCAGAUGCUUAUGUUAAGGUGCAGAUUGGUAACCAGGUUUUGAAGACGAAGAUGGUUCAGAGUCGGACAAUGAACCCAGUUUGGAAUGAGGAUCUAAUGUUUGUUGCUGCUGAACCCUUUGAUGAUCAUCUGAUCCUUUCAGUUGAAGACCGCACUGGACCCAACAAAGAUGAGAGCCUAGGGAAGGUUGUUAUACCAUUGAACACCGUUGAGAAGCGUGCUGAUGAUCGCAUUGUUCGUAGUCGGUGGUUCAACCUUGAAAAGUCCAUGUCAGCUGCCAUGGAUGAGCAUCAGGCAAAGAAGGAUAAGUUUUCUAGUAGACUUCAUCUCCGAGUUGUGCUUGAUGGAGGGUACCAUGUGCUUGAUGAGUCAACUCACUACUGUAGUGAUCUUCGACCAACAGCAAAGCAGCUGUGGAAGCCAUCAAUAGGUGUUUUGGAGCUUGGGAUUUUAAAUGCCGAUGGGCUCCACCCAAUGAAAACAAGAGAAGGGAAGGGCACCUCAGAUACAUAUUGUGUGGCAAAGUAUGGUCAGAAAUGGGUUCGGACUCGAACCAUAAUCAACAGCCUCAGUCCAAAAUACAACGAGCAGUACACAUGGGAGGUUUUUGAUCCUGCGACAGUUCUCAUUGUGGGGGUUUUUGAUAACAAUCAGCUUGGUGGUUCCAAUGGUAAUAAAGAUGCAAAAAUUGGUAAGGUUCGGAUACGACUCUCUACCCUUGAAACUGGUCGUGUUUAUACACAUUCAUAUCCGCUGCUAGUCCUUCAACCUUCUGGUGUCAAGAAGAUGGGCGAGUUACAUCUGGCCAUAAGAUUUUCCUACACAUCAUUUGCAAACAUGAUGUUUCUAUACUCGCGACCACUUUUGCCAAAGAUGCACUAUGCAAGGCCAUUGACUGUAAUGCAGCAGGACAUGCUACGUCACCAGGCUGUCAAUGUUGUGGCUGCUCGUCUUGGUCGGGCUGAACCUCCUCUCAGGAAAGAAAUUGUAGAAUACAUGUCUGAUGCAGACUCGCAUCUUUGGAGCAUGAGGCGCAGCAAGGCAAACUUCUUCAGGCUGAUGUCAGUUUUCUCUGGAUUACUUUCUGUUGGAAAAUGGUUUGGUGAAGUUAGCAUGUGGAAAAAUCCCAUCACCACAGUGCUAGUACAUGUCCUCUUUGUGAUGCUUGUCUGUUUUCCAGAACUGAUUUUACCAACUGUGUUUCUAUACAUGUUUCUAAUAGGGGUUUGGAAUUAUCGGUUCCGACCGCAUUACCCUCCUCACAUGAAUGCAAGAAUUUCUCAUGCAGAUGCAGUGAAUCCUGAUGAGCUUGAUGAGGAAUUCGACACAUUUCCAUCAAGACAGAGUCCAGAAAUAGUUCGUUUUAGGUAUGAUCGACUAAGGAGUGUGGCUGGGAGAAUUCAGACUGUUGUGGGUGAUGUGGCUACCCAAGGAGAACGGGUUCAAGCGCUACUAAGCUGGAGGGAUCCUCGUGCCACAACUGUUUUCUUGAUUUUCUGUGUAGUUGUUGCCAUAGUGUUGUAUGCAACACCUUUUCAGGUUCUUGCUCUUCUAGGAGGGUUUUACUUCAUGAGGCAUCCUAGGUUUCGUCAAAGGACUCCAUCAGCACCGAUUAAUUUCUUCCGUCGUCUGCCAGCAAGGACAGAUAGUAUGUUGUGA